AUGGCGGAAGAAAUCAGUCCACCGGCGGCCGCGAGCUCGACGAAGAAAUGCAGAACAUGGCGCUCCGUCCUGCGAUGGACACCGACCUCCGCCGGCCACAUCCUCGCCGCCGAGAACCGCCUGCUCUCCCUCGUCAAGACACCGUACAAGCAGGAGAGGGUUAACAUCGGGUCGGGUCCGCCCGGUUCGAAAAUACGGUGGUUUCGUUCGGCGAGCAACGAGCCGAGAUUCAUCAAUACGGUGACGUUCGAUGGCAAAGAGGGGUCUCCGACUUUGGUGAUGGUUCACGGAUAUGGCGCUUCGCAGGGCUUCUUUUUCCGUAAUUUUGAUGCGCUUGCCGAACACUUUAAGGUGAUAGCAAUUGAUCAGCUUGGUUGGGGUGGGUCCAGCAGGCCUGACUUCACAUGUAAAAGCACCGAAGAAACAGAGGCAUGGUUCGUUGAUUCCUUUGAAGAAUGGCGUAAAGCAAAAAAUCUUAGCAAUUUCAUUUUACUUGGACAUUCUUUCGGAGGAUAUGUUGCAGCUAAAUAUGCACUCAAGCAUCCCGAACACGUUCAGCACUUGAUUUUAGUUGGGCCGGCUGGAUUUACUUCAGAAACAGAACAUAAGUCUGAGUGGCUUUCUCAAUUUAGAGCAACAUGGAAAGGUGCAAUUGUAAAUCAUCUAUGGGAGUCUAACUUUACUCCCCAGAAGUUAGUAAGGGGUUUAGGUCCAUGGGGCCCUGACCUGGUCCGCAGAUAUACAAGUGCUAGGUUCUCAUCUGAUUCGGAAGGGAGUAUUUUAACUGAGGAAGAAUCGAAAUUACUUACAGAUUAUGUUUAUCAUACUCUGGCGGCCAAAGCUAGUGGAGAGUUGUGCUUAAAGUAUAUAUUCUCCUUUGGAGCCUUUGCCAGAAAGCCCCUGUUGCACUGUGCAUCUGAAUGGAAGGUGCCCACGACAUUUAUAUACGGUGUGUAUGAUUGGAUGAACUACCAAGGAGCCCUAGAUGCUCGAAAGCACAUGAAAGUUCCAUGUGAGAUUAUAAGAGUUCCUCAGUCUGGACAUUUCGUAUUUAUGGAAAAUUCAGCUGCUUUCCAUUCAGCCGUGCUUUAUGCCUGCCGAAAAUUUUUAUCCCCCCAUCAUGGCACCAACACUCUCCCGGAAAGCCUGCAAUCUGUUUGA